ACCGCCCGGGAAGCAGCGCGAGCUGGGCGGCCCCCGCCACAUCCUCCUCCUCCGCCUCCUCCUUCUCCGGGUCUGAGCCAGCGGAGCGGAGCCAGGGCCGAGCCGAGGGCUCCGAGGGCGCGGGCGGAGCAGGGCACGGAGCCAUGGCGCACCAGACGGGCAUCCACGCCACCGAGCAGCUGAGGGAGUUCUUCGCCAAGGCGCGGGCCGGCUCCGUGCGGCUCAUCAAAGUCGUCAUUGAGGACGAGCAGCUCACGCUGGGUGCGUCCCGGGAGCCGGUGGGCAGCUGGGAGCAGGACUACGACCGGGCGGUGCUGCCGCUCCUGGACGCCCAGCAGCCCUGCUACCUGCUCUACCGCCUGGACUCCAGGAACGCCCAGGGCUUCGAGUGGCUCUUCCUCGCCUGGUCGCCUGACAACUCCCCCGUGCGGCUGAAGAUGCUGUACGCGGCCACCCGGGCCACGGUGAAGAAGGAGUUUGGGGGCGGCCACGUCAAGGACGAGCUCUUCGGGACCGCGAAGGACGACCUCUCCUUGGCCGGCUACCAGAAGCACCUGUCCUCCUGCGCGGCGCCCGCCCCGCUGACCUCGGCCGAGAGGGAGCUGCAGCAGAUCCGCAUCAACGAGGUGAAGACAGAGAUCAGCGUGGAGAGCAAGCACCAGACGCUGCAGGGCCUCGCCUUCCCCCUGCAGCCCGAGGCCCAGCGGGCGCUGCAGCAGCUCCGGCAGAAGACGAUCAACUACAUCCAGCUGAAGCUGGACUUGGAGCGGGAGACGAUCGAGCUGGUGCACACGGAGCCCACGGACGUGGCCCAGCUGCCCUCGCGCGUGCCCCGAGAGGCCGCCCGCUACCACUUCUUCCUCUACAGGCACACCCACGAGGGCGACCCGCUCGAGUCUGUGGUGUUCAUCUACUCGAUGCCGGGGUAUAAGUGCAGCAUCCGGGAGCGCAUGCUCUACUCCAGCUGCAAGAGCCGCCUCCUCGACUCCGUGGAGCAGGACUUCCAGCUGGAGAUCGCCAAGAAGAUUGAGAUCGGUGACGGGGCCGAGCUGACGGCCGACUUCCUGUACGACGAGGUGCACCCCAAGCAGCACGCCUUCAAGCAGGCCUUCGCCAAGCCCAAGGGCCCGGGCGGCAAGCGCGGCCACAAGCGCCUCAUCCGCGGCCCCGGGGAGAACGGGGAUGACAGCUAGAGGCGGACCGAGCCGCGCCGGCCCGUGGACUGUGGGGCUGCCCGCCGCCCGCUCCUCGCCACCGCCCGCCCUCCCCGUCCGGGCUCCGGGGCAGGGCCGCCUCUGGGGCGGGAGGGCUGGUGACGGACCACGCUUGCCGUUUCCAGGAGCCACUGGGCCGGCGUUCGCGACCCCCCCCCCCUUGCCCUCCCUGCCCCUCACCGGUGUGCCCGCGUGUCGGGCCCUGCGUGGCUGUCUCCGGGGCCUGGCAUGAACUUGGUCACCAGGGAACUGAGACCAGGGUCCCAGCACAGCCCAGAAUCCUUUGGCCACAAGCGGGGGGGUCCGUCGGGGCCGGGCAGGGGGUCACGGCGGGUGAGAUGGUUGAA